AUGCCGCCUUUCGGACUCUCACCUGCCCCUUUCAACACCGCCGUCCAUUUCAAAGAUGUGACGUCUUUUGCGUUGCUCUGCAGAGUACUGCAAGAGACAUACGGGUUCAUGCACUUCACACUAGGUAUCAAAGAUGAGCACUACGUAAUUGGCACCUUUACCUCCCAUGGGCCGACUGUUGAAGAGAUUCUCUCACGCAAGGGCGUUACCAGACGUGCUUCACUUAUAUUAGGAGCUGCAUCGCAUGUGGAGUCCAUGGAUCAAGACGAUAGCGCUUCGAAGUCAGAGGUUAUUGACCUCACCGGAGAAGAUUGA